ACCAGGGUAAACAAUGUUUACUUUUAAAGCUCUCUGAGAAAACCAAUAUUCUGAUCUGUUUGUUUUCUUGUAGAUCGGAGGUUUAACGCCAAUCGUUUACACUUAAUAUAUAGGGAUCGAUCAAUACUCGAUCAGGCACUAUGUUCUUACAUAUGUACAUUAAACGAGGAUCAUAAAUAGAAGGUAAUACAGAAUGGGGAAAAAGGUUGCAAUAGUAACUGGUGCAAACCGCGGAAUAGGUUACCAGGUAGCGAGGCUGUUGCUCCAGCAGUUCCCUGGUGACGUGAUCGUGACAGGCAAGGACACGGCGAGGGGCCGACGUGCAUGUGCACAGCUGACGCGGGAGGGCCUGAAGCCCAUAUGGCACGAGCUGGAUGUCACCCAGUCGGCCAGUAUCCGUAUGUUCCUUGACUUUAUUACGGAGACCUACCGCGGCGUGGACGUGCUCGUCAGUAACGCGGGCACCGUGUUCCCCAAGGACACGCCCCUCUCCAUCUACCGCCAGGCGGAGCUCACCGUCAACACGAAUUUCAAGGGCACUAUGAGCCUCAUGCGGUACUUUUUGCCGCUCCUCAGACCACAUGCACGUGUCAUUGUCGUUUCUAGUGAGCUAGGUGUUCUAAGCAGUCUCGGUGACAAGAUAAGGAAAGAAAUUGACUUAAAUAAAGUGACUAUGUUUGAGUUGGAUAAACUUGCUGACAAGUAUUUAUCAGCUGUGAAGUCAAAUGUGUGGGCGGAAUACGGGUGGCCGGACCGAAUACUGGAGGCAGUCAGCGUGCUACAGAACGCGCUCGUGUACGUGAUUGCGCGGGACCUGCGAGCAGAUUGUCGGCGGAACAUCCUGGUCAACGCGGGCUGCCCGGGCUGGACGCGGACAGAGCAGAUGGAGACACACCUGGACGAGAAUGGCUGCCUCGGUGGAGUGGUAGCCCGGUCCCCGGAAGAGGCAGCGGUCGAUAUCGCCUGGCUCGCCCUGUUGCCGUGUGGUACCGAUUCACCCAACGGGAACAUAAUUAAUAAAAGACAGAUAGUCAAGAAUGAAUAAUAAUCGAUCAUCAUUAAUGAUUUCAUUUCUAUGUAAAUAAAUUAUAUUG